CAGACCUUUCCAGCUUGGGCAACAAUAUUUCGCACUUCUGAAGUGCUGGCGGAGCUCGAAUCUCACUGCCCUCGCCUCCCCUUUGAGUGCGCUGACUGCCUUGAGGCCCGAGAGCGAGGAAAGCAAAACCCAGUCAUCAUCUGCACACCCGAGCAACGUAUAGAAGCGAGGCACUUCGUGUUGGUCAAUCCGCGUGAGCUUUACCAUCUUGCCAUUCACGAUCUGGCCAUCAUCGUGACGCGCGCUAUCCGGAUUGCCUACUUCCAUUCUUGUCCGAACCCUUGCACUCACGAUGCACCGAGCAGCUUCCCUACUGUCCGCCCUUGCGGCAGUCGCCGUAGUGCCUACCAUCGCCACAAACUGGGGAUUGACGACCAAAAUCACACCGAACACCUGGAGUCAAAACUUCAAUUUCUACAGCGGGCCUGACAAUUUCACAAAUGGUCUAGUAGUGUAUCAGAGCGAAGCUGCCGCCAAGAAUAUGGGCAUUGCGGGUGUAGUGAAUGGUGAAUAUAGGAUGGCCGUCAGCACCCAAGCUGUGGCGCUGGAAGGACGGCCUAGCGUCAGAGUUGAGAGCAAACAGCGAUUUGGGGAUGGCGUCUAUGUCCUCAACGUGUCGCACGUUCCCACCGGCUGCUCCACCUGGCCAGCUUUCUGGACAACAACUACGGAGGAGAACGGAAAAUGGCCAAUUGGAGGCGAGAUUGAUAUCCUUGAGAACGCGAAUGACGAAUUUACAAGCAACCUGGUCUCUCUUCACACCAAGUCUGAUUGUCAAAUUCCGGCGAAGAUCUCGGGCCAGACAGGAAGCGUCGACUACACCACGUGCUCAGUGUACGUCAAUAACAAUUCGGGCUGCCGCGUCCGCAUGAAUGGCGGAUCAGCACCUACGUGGGGAGCCUCUUUCAACCGCGCCAAGGGAGGUUUCUUCGCAAUGGCGAGGUCAUUCGGAUCUACAGGCAAGGGUGUGAGAGUGUGGUACUGGCCACGGGGCAGUGAGCCUGCGGAUCUCAAGGCAAGCUCAAAGACGGUCAACCCUGAUGCUUGGGGCAAGCCCGCUGCAUGGUUCAACAUUGCCAACUCUUGCCGUUCCGAUUUCGGACCGCACAAGAUCGUCUUUGACAUCACCUUAGGAGGAGACUGGGCUUUCAAUACUUACGUUUCUUCAGGCUGUGCAGCAAAGUAUGGCAACCGGCCGAUCACCGACCAAGUGGCUUACAAUGGCACUUCAUACAACAAAGCCUACUGGAGUGUCGGUGGCGUUCGCGUCUUCGCUACAGGCGGCGGCACCGACAACGCAGCGAGCCUGAGCAAGAAACGUUCCGGGGUUGAGCUUCAGCGGGAAGCAUGAAUGCCAAAGUCUGAAUCACGACCUUGCGCGAUCACGAAACUUUCCGCGCCAUGCCAUGUGCUGUAAAUCACCAUCUCGAAGCUGCUCGAUUAUCUUUGUACCUCCUCUGGAUUGUUCGGAAGUGAGCACAUUUCGCUUGUACUCGGAAAUCACCAAUGAAAUUGCACGCAUGCAACUUUGCAC